UGCCCUUUUUGCGCUGGCGGCUGGGCGGAGCGCGGGUGUUGAUGCUGCACAUCCGCGGGCCGCGAGCCGCUGCUGCUGCGUUCUGCCGUGGUGCCUCCGGAUGCGCGGACCCGAGACAAGUAAGGCCCACCCGACCCGCCGAGCGUCAGCAGAGCAAAGCUCGACCGGCCGCUCCGGCCGUAGCGCGCGUACGUCCUGCUGCGUGACAGCCACGCUCUCGCCUGCCGAGCUCUCGCCUCGAGCUGCCUUCUGCACGCUCUGCGCUGCGUCUUCAGCCGCUCAGGAGGUGCAGCGCACAGCGAAGGUCCAUCUGACGCCCCUGUGGACCGUUCGGAAGCGCGAGUGCCGGCCUUCUCCCCUCUGCCGUGUUCGUGAGCCUCGCCGCUAGGAGACUGCAGCGGAAAGCUCUGGACACCGACAAGCGGCUCGCUGUGGCUGCGUCUGCUCGUCGGACGCCUUCGGCUGUACCCUUUUUGCUGCACGCUGCGUUCUUCGCUGAGGUGUUAGCCCGGCUGCGAAGACUGGGGUCCAUCUCGACAGGCGAAGAGGGGUCCAGCAUGCAGAAUGCAGAUGCAGGGUGCAGCGGAGGCCGCGGCUCGACUCGGGAUGUGACUUCAGGCAGUCCGGCUCGCAGCGACGGAUCUGCCGGCGCUUUUUUCGCCAAUCACCUCGCCUUGCCGGCGGCUCGAGUCGGAGCAUGCGGCGUCUCCGUCUGCCCUGCAUGCUGUGGCUUUGCUUGCCUCU